AUGACCAGAGCGGAACAAUUCGAUGAUGAUAUCGAGCUGACGGGACCAAGCGUAGAGCCGCCGGUCGUGGCUGGGGGAGCGGCUGAUGGGGGGAUGGCGGAAGGGGAAAGGCGGAGGGCGGAGAUGGGAGGGGAAAUGCGAGUGGCGAGGGGGAUCCGACUGGCGGAAGGAGCUUCCGCGACGGCUGUAAUGAGGGAAGGCGGAAACACUGGGAGAGGAGAAGGGACGGACUCGGAGAGCGGAACUCGCCGAGGAACACACAAGGGUGUUACGGAGGAAUGGGGGGAGUACACGGCGAGAGACGGAGAGGAGAAGGCGGAAGUUGGCAGAGAGGAGAUGGAUCAUAGCGAUCAUACUCACAUGCUGCUGUUAUCAGAAUCACAUGAUCGGAGCACGGACCCUUUACACACGCUUUCCACCUCUCCCGCCGCGUCCCCUCCAAUCCCAUCCCACCAUGGCGCAUCGCCCGUCUCCCUUCGCCCGUCAUCACCUCCCCGCACCGCUCCGAACCCCGCGUCGCUCACCGUCCUCUCCGUCCUCUUCGCGCCGCUCCACCCGCUCGUCGCGCUGCACGCGUGGCUGCGCGGGCUGGUGGCGUCGUUCGGGCUGCCGUUCGUGGCGCUAGUGGGCGUGGUGUACGGCGUGAGCGAGGGGUACGCGGGCGCGCUCUACCACUUCGCAUCGCAGUACUAUUGGAUGGACGUGCAGCGCCUGCAGCCCGCCUCCGCGCAGGCCUACAUGGCAGUGGUGGCGGUGCCUUGGGAUCUCCGCCCCAUCUACGGACUCAUCUCUGACUCCUUCCCCAUCCGAGGGUGUGAGUGUAAUAAUCUCUCCCACUGUCCCUUACCCAUCUACCAGCUAGCUCCCCUAUCUUCCCCUUUCCCUCUCCCCCCUCUCACUCCCCUUCGCUUUCCCCCAGCUACCCGCCAGCACCCCUACUCACAGAAAUUAAUCCCUCCUCUCGACCCCCUCUCCCUCUCUGCCCCACUUCUGCCUCUCCCUCCCCCCUCUCUCUCCUCUCCCCUUCUCCUCACUCCCAGCUACCGCCAGCGUCCCUACCUCUUCCUCUCGGCCCUCCUCGGCCUCCUCUGCAGCCUCCUCGUGGCUCUCCUCCCCUCGCUCCCCCCCACCCUCGCCUCCCUCCUCCUAGCAGGCACCACCCUCUCCACCGCCUUUGCAGACGUCCUAGUAGAUGGCCUAGUAGCAGCAAAGAUUCGCACCAAGCCGCAACACGCGGGAGACCUACAAGCCCUCCCCUGGGGAAUCCUCGCGCUCUCCUCUCUCCUCGCGUUCGCCCUCAGCGGCCCUAUCGUCUCCGCGUUCGGGGCCCGUGGGGCGUUUUUUUUCUACGCGCUGGCACCGUUUGCGCUGCUUGUGACGGUGCUUCUGGUGCCGGAAGCGCCGGUGGCGGCGCGUAAGAUGGGGGAGUCUGGGUGUUGGAGGUUGAAGCGGUCUGUGCGGCUGUUUGUGCGGACUCUGCGCAACAGAGUCAUGUGGCGGGCCGCCAUAUUCCUCUUCAUGUCGCAUGGGGGGAUAUCCCCGGACAUCCCAACAGCGCUGAUCUACUGGUACACCAAGGCGGAGGGGGGUCCGCGGUUCAGCAAGGACUUCAUGGGCGUGGUGUUCGCCAUGGGGCGCGUGGGACUGCUCAUUGGCGUCUUCAUCUACCACCGCUGCUUCAAAGCCGCCUCCUACCGCACACUCCUCUUCUUCACUCUCCUGCUCCUCUUUGUCACCGGCUUCCUAGACCUCGUUAUAAUCACGCGGGUCAACAUCACACUCGGCAUCCCCGACCAUUUCUUUGUCCUGGGCGACACAGCGAUCUCAGACGCAGUACGAAGGCUAGAGCUCAUGCCCAUUCUCGUGCUCGCCGCUCGCCUCUGCCCCCCUGGCAUCGAGGCGACUCUCUUUGCCUUCUGCAUGUCUCUCAUGGUGUUUGGGGAGCAUUGCGCGGCGUGGCAAGGAGCUCUCAUGCUGCAUCUGCUGGGCGUGAGAAAGGAUAGCUACGAGCGGCUCUGGCUGGCCGUGGUGCUUCGGAAUCUGUUUCGCCUGCUGCCCAUGGCGUUCCUUUGGCUGUUGCCGGAAGGAGGGCCGGAUACGGAUUUGUUGGGUGAUAUGGGGGUUGAUAUGACAGGGUUGGAAGAGGAGAGUGAGCGAGAGCUUAUGGUUGUGCAUAAGAUGGACGAAGAUAAAGAGGGCGAGAGUGGCGAUGGAGGUAUGCGUAAGGCGGGGUUGGAGGAAGAUGGUGAUCUGGAUGAUCGAGCUACAGGACUGGAGGUACUAAGCCUUAAGGAGACAGAACUGGUUAUUUGA